AUGAACAGCGAUGAUGCUCAUCGAAAUUCUCAACAUUAUAAUCACGAGGAUACUUACAAAGGUGAAGACUCUGACGAGGACUCUCAUAGCCGUCGUUAUAAACGUGAAGAGAAGUCCAGAGAUUACUACGAGGAGGACAACGAAACAUCAGGCGAAAGACGAUACUGCGAAGAUAGACGAAGCGAUCGCUCUCAUGAUGAUGCAGAUUCUGAUGGUGCUUAUCACGACUACGAGGACAACCAUGAUCAGCGGCGGGAUGACUACGACAGUGAUGGUGCGGGUCAAACACUUGAUAGGUUGGUUUACCCUAACUUUAGUGUUCUGAAUAUGUAAUU